UUUCGAUCCCUGUGUGUGCGAUAGGAGGACGAGAUGACGAGGCAGAACAUGGUCAUGCAGGAGCAGCCGACGCUCGCGAUCGUUUCCGCAGCAGCGAUCACCGAAUCUUCAUCUCCCUUCUUCCGUCCGCCGCUUCGUGCCACCGAUGCCUCUGCCGCUGCCAGUUAUGCCAGACUCAGGAAGCUGUUGAGCCGGACCGACCUCGGCGGCGGCGGUGGUGGUGGGGCUGGGAGGGCCAGUUCUUGGAUUGAGUCGAUGAAGGCCUUGCCUCCUAGUCAGCUCUCGUCGGCAGCGGCCUGCACUGCCCCCGUGUUGGCUUCCCACUGCGACGACUAUGACGGCUGGGUGAAACGGCACCCAUCGGCAUUGCGCAACUUUGACGAGCUCAUGGCCGCAUCGAAGGGGAAGCAGAUCGUGAUGUUCCUGGACUACGAUGGCACUCUGUCGCCGAUCGUCGAGGACCCCGACCGCGCCUACAUGUCCGAUGAGAUGAGGGAGGCAGUGAGAGACGCAGCAAGUCUUUUUCCCACUGCUAUUGUGAGUGGGAGGUGCAGGGAGAAGGUCUCGAGCUUCGUGAAGCUAUCGGAGUUGUACUACGCUGGGAGUCACGGCAUGGACAUAAAAGGUCCCAACGACGGCCCCAAGCACACAAAAGCCAAGGCAAAAGCUAUUCUCUUUCAGCCAGCCAGCGAAUUCCUUCCCAUGAUAGAUGAGGUCUACAAGUCUUUGGUAGACUCAACAAAGAGCAUCCCAGGAUCGAGGGUGGAGAACAACAAAUUCUGUCUAUCAGUUCACUUCAGGUGUGUUGAUGCAAAGAAAUGGAGUUUAUUAGAUGAGAGAGUCAAGACGGUGAUCAAGGAUUACCCCAAACUCCGGCUUACCAAAGGAAGAAAGGUUUUGGAGAUCCGCCCGACCAUUAAAUGGGACAAAGGGAAGGCACUCGAGUUUUUGUUGGAAUCUCUCGGGUUUGACGACUGCAACGACGUAUUGCCGCUGUACAUAGGAGAUGAUCGUACUGAUGAAGAUGCUUUCAAGGUUCUGCGUGAUCGAGGACAAGGGUACGGCAUCCUUGUUUCGAAGAUUGCAAAGGAAACAAGUGCCUCUUUCUCUCUCAGAGAACCAGCUGAGGUUCUGGAGUUUCUGUGCCGCCUGGUGGAGUGGAAGCAAUUCCAUGCAGAUGGUAAAUGAUUUGAGAGUGCAGUUCAAGUCAUGGCCUCCAGUAACACAGCAUGGAUACUUUUUUUCCAUGAUCAAACACCAGCAAGUUAUGAAGAUAGAACAGUUUGUUCUUUUCCUUCUUUUACUCUUUCUUGUCUUCCGCUUGGAGACUAGGCUUGGAACCAUUAUUAACUGGUUUUCUUGCCACAUCUUGUAUCUGUCCAAGAGGGACUUCUAAUGUCAAAUAAAGAAGCAAUGACGACUCUUUCACUGCAA